CGCAGAGUAGUAUGUACUGUGUAGGUUAGAAGAGUGUCUCGUAAGAUUUGUACAAAAAGAUAAAAAAAAAAAACAAGUGGAAGGAAUUUAUCGAUUGCUAAGACGUCAUCUAUUACAAAUUCGAGAAAAUAAUGUCAAUCGAUUAUAAAUGCAACGUUAAUUGUAUACUUGUGCGUGAAAAAUGUGAAAGUAUGAAAGAAAAGAUAAUCUUGAAUCUUAUCGGUUUCCAAUUGCGAUAACGAGAACGAUAAACAUCUCCAAAUGUUUCGGGUUAUCGAAGAAUUUAACAUCGAAAUUCCAUUGUCGCCGCGUCAUAUUCGUGUGAACGAAAAUUUCAUCUUGAGAAGAAUUUAAAAUAUGAUGAUAACCUCAUUUUGUCAAGAUUUAACAUGACGUGGAAUCCGCUGAAAAAAAAUCAUUUGACAUUAAGACCAAGUCCAGCACAACCUCUACUCUCUCAUGCAGAGGAUAGAGAACUGGAUGUUGCAGUACAGAGAUUGAUCUAUGUUGAGGAUACGAUAAGAAAGUUAACGAAAGAAAUGAAGAAGUAUCUCCAAGCUGUAGUUAACUUGGACAGAGCAGAUCAACGUUUGAGCAUGAAUUUAACUACUUGUGGUUUAACUCAUAUCAGUGAUGAAUUUAGAAGAAUUGUCGAAGAGUAUCAUUCAAUAACUACCCAGGUCGGUAAAACUGUACAAGAAAUGGCAGCAUUGUGUCACAAAACAUUUAUAGAUCCAUUAAAAAAGUUACGAGAUGAAUUUGCAUUGAUUGCCGCAGCUAUAGCUAAGAGAGAAGAAUUGGUAACAGCAUGGAAAUAUUCUUACAAUCGUGUUAAAAAGUUACAAGAAAAGAAAGAUAGAACGGCAAGUCAUAUUGCCAAAUUGGAGAGAGAACGUAGAAUAGAGGAAGCAGCUGCUAAAGAAUUGAAAACAUUGCAUGCUCAAUUACUUAUUGAUUUACCAAUGUUUCUCGACAAAAGACUGGAAUAUAUCAAACCGAGUAUACACGCUCUGAUAAUGAUACAAUUAGAUUAUUACGGUAACACAACAGGACUUUUUACACAAUUGAUGCCUGUACAUAAUCCUUCUGAAUCUCCUAACGGUACUAUACCAGAAGAAGAAUAUCAACAAUCGAUUAAUAGUCAAAUUAAUAGAAUAAGAGGAUUAACAAUUGUGAAAGAUCAUUAAUGUUGAUGAUGUUCUUUUUUUUUUUUUUA